AUGAAAUAUUUUGGCUAAAUUACACCACAAAAAUGCUAAUAAACUCUAUACUCUAUAAAAUAUAAUAAAGUUGAUGUGCCUACAUUGUUGAUUGAUAUAUGAACGAACUUUUGGGUCGGUUAAAUACAAAAGAAUGGCCCAGUUAUUGUUUAGAACAACAAAACUUUGUGUUCCAGUUCCAAUGUCAAAAUGUGUCGCCCGUUUCAUGAACAUGACCAGCUCAUCCAGGCGGGUUAUUUGUGAUAGUAAACACACUUCUAUCAGGGCAAGUUUGAAUAAAGGCAUAUCAGAUGAUGUUGUCAGGCACGCAUCACUUUUAAGUUUCUUUGCUGGUGGAACUUUAGGAGGCCGGCCAAACGACAUCACAUUUACGAAGGUCGUCUCUGAUGCAGAAAAACUUGUUGGAUACCCAACAUCAUUCAUGAGUCUCCGCUGCCUCCUCAGUGAUGAAAUGUCCAAUGUAGCAAUGUAUGUGAGAAAAUUAGUUGGGACGAAGCAUCCACUGUUGAAAACUGCAAGAGGCUUGGUUCUUGAAGGGAAGCAUGCAGUUCAAACGAGAGGAUUGAUAGUCCUCCUGAUUUCCAAGGCAGCAGGGCCUACCACAAAAACUGACCAACCAGCAAUGAAUGAUGAACUGAUCAGUGGAAUACACAACAGCCAGAGACAACUUGCUGAAAUCGUCGAGUUAAUCCACACGGCCAACUUGAUCCACCUUGGUGUAGUGAACUUGAAGGAUGUUCAGCCAACUGAUGGACCUCUCAAGGACAUGGAGCUUGGCAACAAGGUCGCCAUUCUCAGUGGAGAUUUCCUUCUGGCAAAUGCUUGCACAGCUCUGGCCCAGCUGAGAAACACAAAAGUAGUUGAAAUUAUCUCCAGUGCCAUUGGGAACAUGAUGGAAGCGGAGUUCGUCCAUAUAGACGACUCCAACCUACCUUUACCUGCACCAUUCUCCAUAGACCAGUGGGAAGAACACUGUUACUUAUCACGAGGAGCACUGAUCGCCAAGAGUUGUAGGUCUGCCAUGGAGCUGGCAGGCCAUUCAGAGGAGAGGCAGGAAAAGGCCUCAGAGUUUGGAAAACAUAUGGCUUGCACACAAAAGCUACAUGAAGAACUACAACCAUACCUCAACCCUGACAGUGAGGUUGAACUAUCGCUAACGUCUGCCCCUACCAUCAUGUAUUUACAAAACAACAAAGAUAUAAAACCAAAUGAACUAUUGGAUGAAAAAAGACUCUACCGUGCCAUUUUUGGAUCAAGCUCAACGAUAAACAAAGUUCAAAACCUGUGUAAGGACCAUGGCGAAAAAGCUAUCGAUGCAUUACAAAUUUUCCAUCCAUCAGAUGCCAGGACUGCUUUAGAAAAGAUUAUUCAGGCUUUGAUGACCUUUCCAAUCAGAUAA